AUGUCAUCAGUAAGUAUAAUCACAAAAGAAUUAGAAAAUUUAGGAUUACAACAACCUUCAACAAUAAAAGAUUCAUUACCAAAUUAUAAUAUAAUUGAUGUUUUUAGAAAUUAUAUAUCCGAUGAAUUAAAUCGUAUAACAGAAAUUGAUAAAGAAACAAUUUUCAAUUCAUUAGAUAAUUCGAAAUUAUUAGAUCAAGGAGAUUUAAUUAUACCAAUACCAAAAUUAAAAAUAAAAGGAAUAAAUCCAAAUGAAAAAUCAAAAGAAUGGAGUGGAAAAUUUGAAAAGGGAAAAUUUAUAAGUGAAGUUAAAUCACAAGGUGUUUUUUUACAAUUUUUUUUUAAUAAAAAUUUAUUAUUUAAUUUAACUAUAAAUGAUGUUUUAAAAAGAAAACAAGAAUUUGGAUAUUUACCUUUGGGAGUUGGUAAAAAGGCAAUAGUUGAAUUUUCUUCACCAAAUAUUGCAAAACCUUUUCAUGCUGGACAUUUAAGAUCAACUAUUAUAGGAGGAUUUAUAUCUAAUUUAUAUGAAAAAAUUGGUUGGGAAGUUAAAAGAAUUAAUUAUUUAGGUGAUUGGGGUAAACAAUUUGGAUUAUUAGCUAUUGGAUUUGAAAGAUAUGGUUCAGAAGAAUUAUUAUUGGAAGAUCCAAUAAAUCAUUUAUUUGAAGUUUAUGUUAAAAUUAAUAAUGAUGUUAGAAAUGAAACAAAUGCAAAUACUGAAGGAGAAAAAAAUGAAGAAUUUGAUGCAUCUGAACAAGAUGAAAAAAAAUUACAAUCAUCAACUAAUGAAGAAGCAAGAAAUUUUUUUAAAAGAAUGGAAGAUGGAGAUGAAUCUGCAUUAAAAAUUUGGGAAAGAUUUAGAGAUUUAUCAAUUGAAAGAUAUAUUGAUACUUAUGCAAGAUUAAAUAUAAAAUAUGAUGUUUAUUCAGGAGAAUCUCAAGUUCCAAAAGAAAAAAUGCAAAAUGCUACAAAAUUAUUUGAAGAAAAAGGAUUAAUUCAUAUUGAUCGUGGAGCAAAAUUAAUUGAUUUAACAAAAUUUAAUAAAAAAUUAGGUAAAGCAUUAGUUGAAAAAUCAGAUGGUACAUCAUUAUAUUUAACAAGAGAUGUUGGAGAAGCAAUAAAACGUUAUGAAACUUAUAAAUUUGAUAAAAUGAUUUAUGUUAUUGCAUCACAACAAGAUUUACAUUGUCAACAAUUUUUUGAAAUUUUAAAACAAAUGGGAUUUGAAUGGGCUAAUAAUUUAGAACAUAUUAAUUUUGGUAUGGUUCAAGGUAUGUCAACUCGUAAGGGAAAUGUUGUAUUUUUAGAUAAUAUUUUACAAGAAACAAAAGAAAAAAUGCAUGAAGUUAUGAAAAAAAAUGAAGAUAAAUAUUCUCAAAUUGAAGAACCUGAUAAAAUUGCUGAUUUAAUUGGUAUAUCAGCAGUAAUGAUACAAGAUUUCCAAUCUAAAAGAAUAUUAAAUUAUGAAUUUAAAUGGGAUAGAAUGACUUCUUUUGAAGGUGAUACUGGUCCAUAUUUACAAUAUGCUCAUUCAAGAUUAUGUUCAGUUGAAAGAAAAUCAAAUAUCAAAAAGGAAGAAUUAGAAAAUGCAAAUUUUGAAUUAUUAACUGAACCAUGUGCAUUAAAUUUAAUUAGAAUAAUAGCUCAAUAUCCAGAUAUCAUUAAAAAAACAGUAAAAAAUAUGGAAGCUUCAACUAUUGUUACAUAUUUAUUUAAUUUAACUCAUAUUGUUUCUCAAUGUUAUGAUAUUUUAUGGGUUGCAGGUCAAGAAAAAGAUAUUGCAAUUGCAAGAUUAGCUUUAUAUGCUACUGCGAGACAAGUAUUAAAUAAUGGUAUGAAAUUAUUAGGUUUAACUCCAGUUGAAAGAAUGUAA